AUGGAGGUGGGGCUGUGCGACGAUCUCGCCACGCGUGGCUAUGUGGCGGUGGCGCCCGACACGUUCGGCGGCCGCUGCACCACAUGGAUCCCCCGCGCCCUGGCACUGGCCUACCCGCACGCCCUCAAGCCGGGCGCCACCUGGGGGGUGGAGGCGGUGCACUCCGCUGUCGAAUGGGUCAAGCAGCAGCCGGGAGUCGACCCAUCACGGGUGGCAGUGGCCGGCUUCUGCUACGGCGGCGGCUCCGCGCUGCGGUACGCGGCCGCCUACCCCGGCAGCGCAGCGGCCGUGGGCGUCUUCUACGGGCGGCCCCUCCAGGAGGGGACCGCGGCGGCCUACGCGGCCCUGGCCGCUGGCGGCAUCCCGGUGUUUGGCGCUUUUGGGGGCCGGGACCAGCAGUUCCCCCCCGCGGUGGUGGACGCCUUCGAGUCUGAGCUGGCAUCUGCAGGGGUGGCGUUCGACAUCCGCCGCUACCCCAACCAGGGCCACGCCUUUAUCGGGGACGUAGCCGCCACAAGGGAUGCGGGCAGCGACGCAGCCGACGCGUGGGGCGCGUUUGUGGAAUUUCUGGAGCAGCGGCUGUAG